AUGCCUCCAUCGCUUCUGUCUCGUCUCUCCAUUGUUCGUGGCAGGCUCGACAGAAUUGAAGAGGUAUCCUUGACAUGCGGAGGGAAUACUAAUCCUGAAGCUCUCAGCGUCUCUGGGAACGGCGUCAUUUUACCCCGUCUGAAAUGGAUGACUGUGACGUCUGGUUGUGAUAAUGACGGUCCCGUGGAUUCAACGCUAAUCGAGUGCUUUCUCGAUGUGUUCUCCCACCUUCAUUCACUCAUCAUGGAUGACCAUUUGCUCCUCAUACUCAAGCUAACACCCCAACUCAUCACGCUCGGCUUUGAAUGGAACCAUCUGUUCACACCCCUCAGGCCGCAAUUCAUCGUUCACAGUCUUUUCGUCGAAAUGUCGGAGAUUAUGCGUGUUGGAGAUGGGGACAGUUAUGCCAUUCUUCCGUGUUUGAAGAAGCUUGAGUUGGACAUGGAGGAAGUUAACCUUACUUCGGUCCCUUUUCUUGACACUAACGACUUUGUGGACAUGAUUUCCUGCGAUGUGAAAUGCGGCUUUUAUUUGCCCUUUCAAGAUGAGGAUGGUGUAGAGUUUCUGGCGCGUUUGAGAGACGAUGGCCUUGAUAUUUGCUUAGGUAUCCAUGAUCAUGAAUAUGACCGGCAGACGUAUAUAGGACCCGAUGAUGAUUGA